AAAAUUACCGUGAUACAUAGAUUACACUAUUAUAAACCUAAUUAAAUAUCAAGUCGGGAUUCGCUUAUAAGUUGGUGUCAAGUACCAACCCCAAAUCUCAUCUAUAAUCUUACUCAAAAAUUAUUAUUAAAUUACUACAUGGUUAAUAAAAUUACAUGACACAAACAUUACAUACAGAAUUCAGUGGUACAUAAAAUACUCUAAUAGACCCAAUUAAACGUCAGGUCAGGUCAAGAAGAUUAAUACUAUUACGUAUAUCAAGUUAGCAACCAGUCAACAACCCAAAACCUAACGUCUACAAAAAUUAUAUAGUUGGCGCCAAAAAAUGUUCCAUUUACCCGCCAUAAAUCCACUUUAUGAAUAUUCACAAAUCAAAAAUCACAUUUGUAAAUUGUAACAGUCGUAAAUACACAAUUCACAAACCCUAAAUCCCAAAAAAAAAAAAAAUGAAGAAGAAAAACCAAAAACCACCAAAAGAAGAACAACAACAACAAGAAGAUAUACAGCAAUACUGGUUGCUGAAAACCGAAAUUGGGGAAUGGUCUUGGGAAGAUCAAUCCUCAAACGGAGGAAAAUCUAAAUGGGACGGCGUUAAAAACAAGCAAGCUCAGAAAUAUCUCAAAUCCAUGAAAAUGGGGGACCUCUGUUUCUUCUACCAUUCUGGCAACAAAGCGCGCCGCAUUGUCGGCGUUGUUACAGUCGUUAAGGAAUGCUAUGACGACGGCGAUGACGGCGGAGUUGCGGUGGAUGUAGCUGCGGUGGGGGAGAUGAGGAGGCCGGUGGAUUUGGCGGAGAUGAAGAUGGAUGAUCGGAUGAAGGCGUCAGGGUUUGCGUUGUUUCGGCAGCCUCGGUUGUCGGUGGUGCCGGUGUCGAAGGAGGUGUGGGAGAGGGUGUGUGAGUUGGGUGGUGGGUAUGAAGGGGAUGGUAGUUGUGGUGUUGAGGAUGAGGUAUGAAGUAUGAUCGCAAUGUGUUUGUGGUUUUGUCUCAAUGAAAGAAAGUUGAUUUACGGAGUAGUAAACAUUUUGGCUAAGCUUUGAAUAGACUAUUUAGUGGUUGUUAAGUUUUUUUUUGGGUGUAGGGUAAGAGUUAAUUUUGUUCAUCCUCUGUUUUGUAUGGAUUGAUUACUAAUUAAUUGAUUAUCGUGUAGCUUUUCCAAUGAA